AUGAGUGAUUACCUUAGUCCGACUGGUGAUGGUUACGAAUUACUGGUUGACGCGGUCAAAGGCUCUCCUUCCAACGAGCCCAAAAUUAUCAGUUCCGGCCCGCCAACCGAAAAUAGGUUUGUAAGCGCCCUGUUCACUUUGUUGCCAGCCUUGUUGCUAAUCGGUUUCUUUGUUUGGAUGAUGCGUAAGAGUGGCGGGAUUACCGAUUCGAUUAUGUCGCCUGGCAAAAGUCAAGCCAAAAAAAUCAUCAGCAAAAAACGUUUUAGCGACGUGGCCGGUCAAGAGGAAGCUAAGGAAGAAAUUGUCGAAGUGGUUGACUUUCUUAAGCAUCCCCAGCGCUACCGCGCAGCCGGAGCGCGCGUUCCGAAGGGGAUCCUUUUCGGCGGUCCGCCGGGAACGGGGAAAACGCUACUUGCUAAAGCAACGGCCGGUGAGGCCGGGGUGCCGUUCUUUUUCAUCUCGGGUUCUAACUUCGUGGAGAUGUUUGCCGGUUUAGGUGCUAAGCGCGUCCGGGAAAUGUUCAAAGAAUCUCGGAAAGCUUCGCCCGCCAUUCUUUUUAUUGACGAACUUGACGCGAUCGGUCGCAAGCGCGGAUCGUCGCUGAGCGGUAACGACGAACGCGAGCAAACUCUCAACCAAAUUUUGGUUGAGAUGGACGGGAUGGAAGAAAACGCCGGACUGCUAAUUAUUGCCGCUACUAACCGACCUGACGUGCUUGACCCAGCUUUGCUUCGGCCUGGUCGCUUUGACCGCACGAUCACCGUUAACAACCCCGAUGUCAAAGAGCGGGAAGCGAUUUUACGUUUGCACGCGAAAGGUAAACGCAUCGCUAGCAACGUUAGUUUUAAAAGUAUCGCUAAGCGCACGCCGGGUUACUCUGGUGCUCAACUGGAAAACAUCAUUAACGAGGCGGCUUUGCUGUCGGUGCGCGAAAACACCAACAUUAUCACGCUUGAACAAAUCGAUGAGGCGAUUGACCGGGUAGCGGCUGGACCGGCCAAAAAACACCGCGUCAUCACCCCCAAAGAACUACGCAUGAUCGCUUACCACGAAGCUGGCCACGCUGUGAUUGGUUUAAAAGUCGCUUCGGCCGAAAAAGUUCAAAAAAUCACCAUCAUUCCGCGUGGUCACGCGGGCGGAUACACGCUGAUGACCCCGCGGGAAGAAAAGUACAACUACUCUAAAUCCGAACUUGAGGCUAAGAUCAUCUCUUUCAUGGGUGGUCGAGCAGCCGAACAAAUCAUGUACGGAAUUGGCGAAGUUUCAACUGGUGCUUCAAACGACAUCGAAAAGGCAACCGGAAUCGCACGGGCAAUGGUGACCCAGUACGGGAUGUCUGAUUUAGGUCCGAUUGCUUACGAACGUGAUUACGGACCGCAGUACUUAGGGCAAGAUUACCGGGCACGCGAAUACUCCGAUGCGCUCGCGGAGCGGAUCGACGAAGCGGUUCGCAAACUGAUUAUGUUAGCCGAACAAAAGGCGAUUGCGACUUUGAAAGUUAACCGCGAUUUACUGGAUCUAAUUGCCGAAGAACUUCUCGAGAAAGAAACGAUUGUUUCGGAAGAAAUUGAGUACAUCCACAAGUUUAAAAAACGGCCACCCCACAAAAUAAAACCGGCCAAGAUUUUGGAAUCAGAUAAAAGUCUCGAAGAAAUCAUCAAAGAGAUUGACGCCAAAGUUGCCAGCAAAAAAGAGACCAAGGGCUCAAAAGAGAAAAAAGAGAAAGAAGUCGUUAAAAAAAGCAAGCAAACAGGCAAAAAGUCGUCUAAAAAAUAA